AGGACUCAGAGCCAAUCAGUAGUGGCGUUGCUUUCGCAACUCCACGUCGGCACCAGCUGCGGGGCAAGAUGGAGGCGCUGAUUUUGGAACCGUCCCUGUAUACUGUCAAAGCCAUCCUGAUUCUGGACAAUGAUGGAGAUCGACUUUUUGCCAAGUACUAUGAUGACACCUACCCCAGUGUCAAGGAGCAAAAGGCCUUUGAGAAGAACAUUUUCAACAAGACUCAUCGGACUGACAGUGAAAUUGCCCUCUUGGAAGGCCUGACAGUGGUAUAUAAAAGCAGUAUUGAUCUCUACUUCUAUGUGAUUGGAAGCUCCUAUGAAAACGAGCUGAUGCUUAUGGCUGUUCUAAACUGCCUCUUUGACUCUUUGAGCCAGAUGCUAAGGAAAAAUGUAGAAAAACGAGCUCUGCUGGAGAACAUGGAGGGGCUCUUCUUGGCUGUGGAUGAAAUCGUAGAUGGAGGAGUGAUCCUAGAGAAUGAUCCCCAGCAAGUGGUACAUCGGGUGGCAUUAAGGGGUGAAGACGUCCCCCUUACGGAGCAGACUGUGUCUCAGGUGCUGCAGUCAGCCAAAGAACAGAUCAAGUGGUCCCUCCUUCGGUGAAGACUCCCCGUGGCUGGCUCCUCCUCACCCCCGUCCCCCCAAAUCUGCAUGUCUGCUAUGACUUCUCAUCCAGUCCCCAACCAAUGCUCUCAGGGUCAUCUUGGGGAUCAUAAGGGAUCCUUAAAUCUCCAUUCUUUCCUGUUCCUUUGCACUCUCUUCUGGGAGUAAAAUUCCAGCAGGUUUGGAUGCAAGAAGGGGAAGCACCCUUUUCCUUCCCAGACUGUAUUAUGCUCCAUGUUCUCUUAUCCUCAUAUUUUCUCAACUUCUUUGUCUUUGCUGUAGCUACACUUCAGAUCAAAGCAGGAGAAAGAAUGUGCUGAGUGUUUUCCUCCUUUUGCCUUUACCGGGCCUUCAUCCCAGCAGCGCAUAUGUCCAGCAACAUGGGGGAGGAUUCUUUCUGUAGCAUGACUUGGGGGGGGUAUGGUUAGGGAUGCAUCUAGCAUCAACCCCACUUACUGGCCUAAGUGUUUUCUCCUGUUUUUUCUUAUUGCCCUGUCCUCUGCCGUGGAAAAGAGAUUGGAAACAGUUUAUAGGGAGGGGACAGUAUGGUGGAAAACAGUGAUUUAGAUGUUAUUGGACAGAACUUAUAAAAUGCAUUCUCAACCCUGAUCCUGGUGUACAUAAUGUAAAACUUGCUGUGGCCUGGGAGUGGUCAUUCUAAGACUGUCAAUGUUUUGGUCUAUACCUUACCUCUACCUUUACUACCUAUGAGCUCUUUGUCUGGUUUGUUCUUUGUGUUCCCCGGAGCAAAGCCAAUCCCUGAAACUAAAACUAUAUUCUAGUCUUCAGAAGAACAGUUUCUGCUCAGCGCUGGGGAAGGAAUGGCCUGAGGCUCUCGCCCCCUCAACUCUCCCACAUGCACUUGCUUCUCAGCCUGGGGACUGCUUAACCCUGUCCUGUCUGCCUCAGCAGAGGGCUGGGCUCCCUCCUACUUAGGUGUCUGAGAAUGGUGCCCUUUCUUUGGGAUUGGGAUUUCUCCAGGAAGAUAGGGGAUGCAGCACUUACUCUUGGACCUGUUCUGUGCCCUUCACCCAAAACUCCCUCCCUACAAAAAUGUCUUAGAAAAACCUUCCUGAGAUUUAAGUAUUCUGCUCCAACCAUAACUGCCAGUUCUCCAACACUGAAGUGGAGCACAUAGCUGGGCAUAUUUGAGGGGCAUCUUUGUGCAAGAAAUGUACAGAGUUACGAGAUGGCCACCUUCCUAUACCCCUCUGUGCAAAGACGAAUAAAAUAUUUCUUU